GUCACUAAUGUCAGACAGAAGUCAACAUUAACAAAUAUUGUUCUUGUAUUUUUGUAUUUUUCUCCUCUUAUCAUCAUUGUAAUAUUAUUAUAAUAUACAUUUUCUAUUCUUAGGUAUUUACUUUACCUAUAGCAAAUUCAAAAUUUCACUAAAUUGUUAGCAUGAGUCGGUAACAACAAUACUCUGUAGAAAAUGGGUUGGCUUACUUGUUGUCAAUGCAAACCCAAGGAAGAAAAAAUAACAGAAUUGGAUUUUUCAAGAUGUGGAAUAUCAGAAAUACCUAAUGAAGUGUAUGCCAAUUCACCAACUCUGGAGGUGUUGCACUUAGAAGGGAAUAAGCUGAAAGACUUGUCUCCACAGUUGUUCCAGUGUAUAGAUGUGCGAUAUCUCAAUGUGAGUGAUAAUGAAAUCCGAGCCAUACCUCCGCUAAUAUCAAAAUUAACCAAUCUUCAAGUUCUAAUAUUUAGCAAAAAUGUCUUAGAUGGGGUUCAUCCAAACCUAGACAAAUUAAGUAAGCUAACCCUAUUGGAUCUCAGUAUGAAUGACUUGGGAAAAGUACCAGAAGCUAUCAUGAGCCUGAUAAACCUGCAACAACUAUGUUUGAAUGAUACUGGAAUUGAUUUUGUCCCUGCCAAUAUUGGACGUCUAACAAAUCUAAGGAUUUUAGAACUGAGAGAUAAUAAUUUAUGUGAUUUGCCAAAAUCUAUUAGGAGAUUAACUAAUUUGCAGAGACUUGAUGUUAGUGAUAAUAAUUUGUCCAAUUUGACAGAGGUGUGUGAAUCCCAUGGAAACCUGACAGAGCUAUGGAUUAAUGGUAACAAUAUUUCUGAGCUCUCUAUAUCCAUAACUCACUUGAAAAAAAUCAAUGACUUUGAUGCCUCAUGUAAUAACCUAGAGUCCAUCCCAAAAGAAAUUGGCCAUUGGACAAAAAUAACAAACCUAAUACUUAGCUUCAAUAAUCUAACCACAUUACCAAAAGCCAUUGGGAAUCUACGAAAUUUGCAAGUGCUAAAACUUGAAUCAAACUUUUUGGAUGAGUUACCUGGUACAAUUGCCAAAUUGGUCAAUCUGGAAGAAUUGAACUUGCAGAAUAACUCUCUUAUGAAAAUACCUAGUGGAAUUGGGCAUUUGAGAAAAUUGGCAACUUUGAUCCUGUCUGACAACAGAUUGCAACAAUUACCACCUGACAUUGGCAGCUGUUGUGACCUGUCAAUAUUAAAUGUCCAUAACAAUCAACUAGAACAUCUACCUGAAGAAGUUGGACAUCUGCAGAACCUAACCACCCUUGGUCUCAUUGGAAACAAGCUAUCUUAUCUUCCUAUAACAAUUUCAAAGUUGAGAAAUCUCAAAGCACUGUGGCUCACCCCCAAUCAGACUCAACCUCUCAUACAUCUGCAAAAUGAGCAAUUAUCUGAUGGGCAGAUUGUAUUGACUUCGGUGGUUUUUCCUCAGGCCCCAUUGAGGGAGCCUCCCCCUGUACAGUUACCAAUGGGGAAUCAGACUUGUCACAUAAGUUUCAAUACUGACAGGAAUGAUUCUGACAUUACUGAGGCUCACUUGUCACUCAGUAGAACCCCUACUCCUCAUCACAAAGAGUUGAAGAGGCUUAGAGAGGUUUUGAGGACCAAGCAUUCAUCAGAUAAGCAGGUGUUGAAUGUAUCAGAAAUAAAAGAAGCAAAGGUAACCAACAUAUUGGGUGAUCUAAAUGUAUCACAAACCAGUCUAAAUGGUAAUGAGAAUACAGAAUCAAUAGAAACAAUGUCUGAUAUAACAGGGGAAAUAAAUAAAACGCCUCCAAAACAGCCGCCUCCCUAUCAUAUAGCAGCAGCAUACUCAAAAAAUGCUCAUCUAUUUUCACGCAAUCUUAGUCCACCUAGCCCCCAUGACCAUCCAAAGCAGUUUAGCCAACAGCAACCACCAAAUAUCCAUAUGCCCACACCUAAAUUGCCCAAUAGCAGGGAUUAUGCCCCUGUGCUUCAAAUAUCCGAUAAACACAAGAAAAGCACGUCCACUAGUACUGAAGAAGAUUUUGUGCAGGCCAAACAGGUCAAGUGGCCUUUUGGGAAGCACAAGGUUUGUCAGGUUUUGGAGAUUGAGAUACCUGAAGAUUAUUCACAAAGUGAUAUACGAAUCGCCGUACAGAGUGAUGGUAUUUUUGUUGAUAAUGUUGAUCCUCAGUCGGAAGUUUCUCAAAAACUUUUUCCUGGUGAUAAAAUAUUGGCAUUUGAUGAAAUUGAUUAUGCCAUUGUGGAGCCCAUGGUAGCUUAUCAAGAUGCAUGUCAAAGACUAAAAAAUCGUCGAUCACAAGGAAGGUUUAAAUACAGAAACAAAAAUUAUACUCCAGGGUACCUUCCAAUUGGGGUUAGUUGAGGUUGCCUUUUCGAAAAAAUGAAAUUCUAAUUGAAAUUCCCUGAAAUAUACACUAUAUAUUUUAUAUGUCAACAUGUGAAAUGUUUUAGAUAAUGAGUUGUUUUACUGAACUUUCAUCAGUUUAAAGAUGGCGCAGUACAACUGCUUUGUUUAAACCCAAAAAGUAUUUCACUUACAUUGUCAGCCAUUCACUCAGUACAAGCACAUAUACAGGUUGUCCAAUUUAUGCAAUUUUUUCGUUCACUGAAUCAAUUUAAUUUUUUUUUGUACAUACUCUGGGAUACUUUCUUAGUGAAUUAUGUAAUAUUUUGUCUGAGAAGUUGACACUUAUUGUUGUUUUGUUCAUCCAAUUUGUUAUGAAUUGUUUUGCCUAGAGGUGAAACUUCAUGUAGAAAAUUGGAUAAUUGUGAGAAAUAGUUUAUUGUAUGUUGUGAUAUUUCUUUAAAAUGUAUCACUGUUUUUAAUGCACUAUACAUCUGAAGAUAUUAUGUGCCAAUUUUUUUAAAUGUUAUUUGUUUAUUGUUUCCAAAUUUCAUAGAGUUCACAAAACAAGAUUCAGAGUAAAGUAUGUCAAGACUAUGAUUUCAGAAUCAUAUUUUUCCUGAAUACUUUAUCUCUUAGUCCCUUCUGAGACCAAUUUUGUAAUCAUUAUGAAUAAUCAUAUAAGUAGUGGAAAUAAUACUAUACUCGAAUAUAGAGUUAUAGGUUUGGAAGUAAUUACCAGUGUUUUUCUCAAUGUCUUUAAUAGCGGCGGUUUUAAAAAUUAAAAUGUUUUUCUGGUCAUAAUGUAGAAUUGAGAGGCUAAUGUUGGUAUGUUUGUUAUUGAAAAUAUUUGAAAAUUCGACUACUUUAGUGCCUUCUUUUGGAAUAAUUUCCAUCAUCAUAUGUUACACAUCCAUUAGUAAAAGAAUUAAAUAGAUAAUUAUUUAUACCUCAAACUGCUAAUGAAUAUUUUUAAGUGGCUGUGAAAUUUUCUUAGAUAUUGAGUAAUUAGUUAUUAAUUAUUAGUUGAGAGCUAUAAAAAAUGUUAUAUAUUACUUUGAAGCUGCCAAAAAUAAUAUAGACUUAAAUAGUUUUUAGCAAUCUGUAGGCAGAUGUAUUUAUUAUAGGAUAGGGAAAUCAUUAUCAUGAUUCACAUGUAAAAACUCUUAAAGCAGACAGGCAAGCAAAAUGGGAUUAUGUGAAUGAAUCAUAACUGUAAUGGUAACUAUGGUUAAUUCACUGAUAGUGUUUUGUUUUCGUUUACACAAAUUUUGUUAUCAACCUUACUGUCAGAUUGAUUUAUUCCAAAAUGUUAUUACCAUAUUUGAUAAAGUUUAUUGCUUCAGUAAUCCUCUGCCAUAUGCAGCAAAAAAUUAACUUUGCCAAUACUCAAUAUAAAGCAAAGAUAUUUACAUUCAUUAUUCUGACUGAUGAACAAUGAUUCUGUCUUCUAAUCUCCAGCUGUUGUAUUGAUUUUGAUUAUGAACUCAUCAAGUUUCAAAACUUGAAUAAAACUCCAUAAAAUUAUUUUUCAUCGUCUUAGUCAUCUACCACAUUCAAUAAUUAUUAGCUGGUUGAAAUUAUGAAGAAUCUUCAAACUUGUUUCAUAUCCAAAUGUUCACCCUCUUGAAAUUUCAAUACAAAAAUCGUUUCAGAUCGAACCGAAAAUUCGUACUAAAAGUAACUUUCGAAAAAAUAUCUCAGUGCAGUAUUGCAAAUUAAUAUCAAACUUUGUUCACUCUCAUCUCAAUGUUCAUGCUUCCUAUUGGUGAUAUAGUAUAUGAAACUUAUACUAUAUAAUAAUACAUAUUUAAACAUAUAUAGAUGUUGUGAAUCAGUAUUAACUAAUUUUAACAAUGAUGUACUAAGACUGAAUAUGUGAAUUUUAUGUGAAUUAUGUCCGCUUAUUUUCUUUCAUUAAAUAUAUCUUUUUAGGUUCCUCAGUAAUAUUUGUGUUCUGAAUUAUCAUUUUGUCAUUUUUAUUUAGCUAUAUUUUCUACUCUUCUGUUAAUGGGAGUACUACUGUUUGACUGAAUUAUAUAUUUAUACUUUUCUAAUAAAAUCUAUUACU